AUGAGCGGCGUACGCAUCGCCCGGUGCAACCCCAAGUUGCUCGACUUUGUUACAUGGGCUAUUAUGAAAGGGUGCCGCCUCUUCCAACGUGUCCACGUCACUCCUCUGGGCCUCGUCGCCACUGAGCGGAUUCCCGAGUUCGACUUUGUCGCCGUCGUCCCCGUCGAGGCAACGCAAAGCUUGCUGAGCAUCACCGAUGACCCCAGCUUCGCCUUGAAGGUGUCUCCCGAGCGACACGGUGAGCCUGUGCCGUUCUGGGAGGACCUGACACGUGGCUCCUUCACGUUUCUAGGGCUCCUCACCAAGGUGCUUCUCACUGGUCAUCCGCGCGGCGUGCAGAGUUACCUGGAUGUGCUGCCGUUUGACCCGGCGAUGCCGAUUGGUAAAGUGGCGGAUGCGGCGCAGGCUACGAAAGGCUACAAGGAGUGGACGGCGCCGCUCGUGGCGCAGUGCAAGGUGGAGGUGAGCGACUUCGACGUUGCUUUCCGCCACGCCUACUGCCUCUUCCGCCGUCAUGCGAUUCCGCUGUGGUCGACUAGUGAUGUCGGCGGCUCAGGGCACCCCUAUUUCCAGCUAUCCCCGUAUGCGCGGCGGGGGAAGGGGGAGCUGAUGGGAAUGGUGCCGGUCAUGGACUUGGCGCUGCACUCGCCGCAGCCGAACGCCAUGAUUGGGUAUCCGGAUGAGGAAAUGUUGCAGUGGCUCUCGCUUCACAAGAAGGCAGCGGUGCAGCAGGAGAAGGGGUACUUUGUAAUGCAGGCAUUCCGCGACAUCGAAGAGGGUGAGGUAAUAUCGGUUAAUAAGAACGCGUACUUCAACUUCGACGACAACGCUUUCGAGGCAUGGUUUGGAUACCCAAAUGUGUCUCAGGUUUCGGCGGAGGGGAGCGGAGAGCUCAGCAGUGGGGACAAGUCAAGCGGAAGAGAUGGCGCGGCUGUAAACUGCGCCUUCUGA